GCUUCCUUCCCCCUGCCCUGCGGAGUGGAAAUGGUACAGUCCUUUCUCCAGCAGACUGGUAGCUCGGUGGAUGUUGCUGGAACGUAAGAGCAUCAGCACAGGCUGCAGAGGCUGGCUUGACUGCAGCGAGCAAACCUAUCACCAGGCGGGCACAAGAGAGGCAAGAGGCGUUCUCUCUGCUGCUGCUCCUAGCGCUCUGCACAAGUGUCGGUGCACAACGGUCGGUGUCCCAAGCAGGAGAGCAUCACCCGUGAGGCACGAUGACCCAAGGGAAGCUCUCUGUGAAUAACAAGCCUCCUAACUCCGAGGGACAGCAGGGACAGGGAGAGAAAAAGGACAAUGCGACCGCCCCAUCGGCACCCCCGACAUACGAGGAAGCAACUUCAGGGGAAGGGAUGAAAACGGAGGCGUUCUCCCCUGCACCGUCUGUGCCGCUCCACCCCAGCUGGGCUUAUGUGGACCCCAGUGCCAGCCCAAACUACGGCAGUGGAGGGUACCCCGGGGACACGGAGCUACUCACGACCUUCAACUGGGAUGACAAAAACGUGCGCAGAGUGUUCGUCAGAAAGGUCUAUGCCAUUCUUAUGCUCCAGCUGUUUGUCACGGUCAGCAUUGUGGCUCUCUUCACCUUCUGUGAGCCAGUCAAAGGUUACGUCCAGUCAAACCCAGCCUGGUACUGGGCUUCCUAUGCCGUGUUCUUUGUGACAUACUUGAUCCUGGCUUGCUGCUCCGGACCCAGGAGGUAUUUUCCAUGGAACCUGAUUCUCUUGAGUAUCUUUACUCUCUCCAUGUCCUAUCUCACUGGAAUGCUCUCCAGCUAUUACAACACCACGUCGGUUCUGUUGUGCCUGGGGAUCACAGCCCUGGUGUGUCUUUCCGUCACCAUCUUCAGCUUCCAGACCAAGUUUGACUUCACCUCCUGCCAGGGCGUCCUCUUCGUCAUGCUCAUGGUGCUGCUCUUCAGCGGGAUCAUCCUGGCCGUUCUCCUCCCCUUCCAAUACGUGCCGUGGCUCCAUGCCAUAUAUGCCGUGCUGGGUGCGAUUGUCUUUACUUUGUUCCUGGCAUUUGACACGCAGCUGCUGAUGGGGAACCGCCGGUACUCACUGAGCCCAGAGGAAUACAUCUUCGGAGCCCUCAAUAUCUACCUGGACAUCGUCUACAUCUUCUCCUUCUUCCUCCAGCUCUUCGGCUCCAGCCGGGAGUAAGCGCAGUGAGAAAGCGUCUGUCCUCGCUCGGCGAAACAGAAAAAUGUUAAAAAAAACAAAACAAAACAAAAAAAGAGGGGGAAAAUAUAGCCAACCUUUCUGGUCCCUUUGCCAGCUCCAUUCCAUCUACUGAGCAACCCCCCUGGUUCCUUCUGCAGCUUGUACAUAUGCUGUUAACCCUUUGUGACCCAGAAAGCAAACUGGGGUGGAAAUGCUAGGUUUCCUCCCACCCCCUGAAAUCAAACCAGAGCAGGGUCGGUAGUGCCGGCGGGGCAGCAGUCUGGGCUCUCCCAUUUGCAAAGGUCACUAGGGUUCCUCAUCUGGCUUCGGCACAUUAUUGCAUGUAGGCACGUUACCGUGUGUGCUACUGAGAUGCAAAGCCCGGCUGUGAAAGGGAAAAAGAUGGGGGUUGGGAAUUUGCUGGGGUUCUGGCAGGAGAACCAGCAGCUGGACAAAAGAAGGGAGUAGAUUAGGGUUCCAGGACUGCCUAGGUAUCCACCUUCCCUCCUCUCUCCUGCCUCCAUGCACAAUCUGAGUCAUGGGAUUGCAGUAGAGAGGCAGCCCAGAAGCGAAGGGCGCCUCUUGGCAGUCCCGCUAGCAGUCAUCCACCUGGUGCGAGAAGAGCGGCUCUCCAUCGGGGAAGCCCCCUAAGAGACAUCCCCAGCACCCUCCAGGCCUGCCCGUGUCUCUUUUCUACCAGACCAUAAAACUGAGAACACCCUUUCCUCCCAUAAUGCCUCCCAGGCCAGGCUGAUCACUGAUGUGGGACUCACUUACCUAGCCAGCUGCCUCAGGGGAUGAGUAGACUGGAGCUGUCUAAGGUAUGGGCCCCAGGCGGGACUGCAAACAGGUGUCAAGGGGUCAUGAUAACAACCUGCCCGUUCCAUAUCACUAAAUAUGGAGGGAGGGUAGGUCCCAGCUAGAUGGAAAAGGUUGAGAAGCACCAGCCUAUGGAAAGCCAGGAUCCCUGUGGCCAUGGGGAAGAUGGUGAGAUUGGACAAAGACCCUAGGGACUCAUAUGGACUCAUUAGUGUCCUACAGUAAUGGCUUCGAACUCUAGAUGCUCCGUCGUGCAGUGCGUCCGGGGUCACCACCACCACAAAUGCAGUUGUAUUGCUUGGUGAGCAUGCCCAGCUUGGAAGGGCAGAGAGGUGUCUGCACCACACCCCGGCGGUACUGCCCGGAUGCCUCCUAUGCGUGCUCCCCAGCUGCGGGCGCUGGAGAGGUCUUCUUUCUAAUCACAGGAGAGCAUCACGUCCACCAGCAGGGUUGGGUGGCAUUAAUACUGUUGAACAAGAUUCCCUGACCCCGCCCUCCUCCAUCGCAGCAAUGCAGCAGAAGUCUCCUCCUCCUGAGGCGACUUCUGAGAUGCUGAAACUACGGAGUUUGUAAACACUGACGUCACGUGAGUCACCCAAGAACGGGGUGCCAGCUGCAGGCACCCUGAAGGUGGAUCUCCAUGCAAUUGCCAGGCCUGCUACCUGUCAGCUGGCACGAAGCAUGAAGAACCAGGGGUUUCUCGCACUACCCUUUGCUGGUGAGCAGAUGUUUCAUCACCUCUCCACGGAAGGCACUUAGUACUCAAGGAAAAAUAGCUGACCUGCGGCCUGCCGCCAAGGAGGCAGAGUCUGAUCAGAUCAGCAGGGACAGAACCAAAUGAAGGAGGAGCUGUGUCGCGGUUGGACAAAAUAUCGACGUCCCCAUUUAAAAAAGUCCAUUCUACCAACAUGAAUAACGUGGCAGAGGAGCUGAUCUAGGGUUAUCCUGCCCCAUUGCUGCACCUUCAGAGGAACCCAGUGCAGUUCUGAAGAAGGAAACUGAGGGCUACACCCAGGGGUACCCAAGGAAUACCCACGUCAUUGAGUGAGGGCUACCCAGGUGGCAUUCCGAGAAACCACUUGGAAUAGAGUGCCAGGUCUUAGUGCCCUUGUACCAGGUUGUAGGACCCUGAGGACAAAAAACAGCUGUCCUGCUGACUCAUCCUAGCAGCCAGAUCAGGUGGAUCCUAUUAGCGCCAACCCAGGAUAUAAAAGGGAUUUUCGAGUGUCUCCCUGAGACAGAGAAAGCACUGGGGUCAGGGACGGAGGCGGUCCUUCAGGGAGCAGUCGCAGAAACAGCAAAACUCAGGAGCAAGCUCCGGUGACACGUUUCUAUUUAUUGUUAUUGAACUUAACAGUAGAGGGGGCCCUAGGAAAAAGGGUAAGUUUGGGCUCAAGCCUGGGUGUGUGAGGAGAAAAGGGGGAAUGCCCACGCUGCUGACACAGGGUAUCACCCUGAGAAAUGCCCACUCUCCGGGUGGAUCGCUGAGGACCACCCAAGAACCGCCCAGGCGGGGCUCUCUCUCACAGAACUAUCCUGAGCUCAUGCUAUGAAACGCCAGGUAGUAAAAGCAGCCCCUUUGCUAUUCAACUAUUCAAGCCCUCGUUUUCAGCUCCCCUGCCCUCCAAGUGGGGCUGCCUUUGGACGCCUCGGAGUGCACCAGUAUCUUUCCAUCUUCGCCCUGUUAAUAUCCCCCAUUUGGAAAUCAACCGGCUAAUUAACUGCAGGGCCCCAGGCUGAGAUAAGAUAAGAGGCAUUUAACUCUUAUUUAAAAGGCGAUCCUUCCCCCUGAUACGGCCCUUUAUCUGAAAUCUCCCUGGGAAGACCAGGGCAUGUGCGUCAGUGGGUUGCUUCUAGCCAUUCCAACCCGCUGGAGGGGGAACCCGUGCCAAGCUCUCCAUACUGUACAUUCCUUCUCCGCUGCUCUCCGGCUUCCCAGGCGUGCACACGCCUUCCACACGUGCCUCGGCCCCAUGCUGAGCAAAGCAGAGGAAAGUUACUGUGCACAGGGUUGUAGGAAGUCAAUCUCGGGCUCCUUUCCUGCGCCUCUGCUGAUCUCCCCGUAUUCAGAGAUAAUCCUGCUCUUCCCACACACCCUUUCCCUUCCGGUUCCUUAUUGCCUGAUCCAACUGCAUCACUUUUGUACGCAUUCGGGACACGGCGCGGACACUCAGAGACCAGGGGGACGGGCGUCUGCGGAAGGCCCCAUCGAGAGGGACUUGGAGAUGCUGCAAAGUGCAGCCCCUCUGAACUUCGCAGCGAGAAUGGGGGAGAGUUGAUGGUGUCAUUGUGGCUUUACACCCGUGGUGGCAGAGAACAGGAUUUGGCCCCUCUGGGUUGUGUGUCGACAUGUCUAGUGUACUCUACAUCUGCAAGUGUAGCCAUGCGCUUAGUCCUGCCUCGAGUGCAGGGGACUGGACUAGAUUUCCAGUUCUAUGCUUCUAUGUCAGUUGGAGGUGUGGUUGCAGCUCGGGUAGGCGUACCUCCGCUGGCUUGAAUCUAGCUAGCAGGGUUAACAAUAGCAGUGAAGUCACAGCAGGGUGGACCCCGCCAUGGGCUAGCAGUGUGAGUACGUACCUGGGUUCCAGGUGGGCUUGAACAGCCCGUGCUGCUGGGUCAUUACCGCUGUUUUUAGCUGUACUCGGUAGUUGAGGGCAGGCCUACCUGCCCCCAUUACAGUAUAGACUAAUGCUGGGUGAGGAUCCUGAGAGAUCUGCCGGCAGAAAGUGGCAGCUGUUUCCUCAAGUUAUCCUUCUUGGUAAUAAUAAUUAGCACUUAACAUCUUCAAAGCUUUUUACAAACAUAUAGGCCAAAAUCGUCAGCCGUGGCCAGUGAGUUUUAUUAUUAUUAUUUGUGUUGCAAUAGCUUCUGGAGCCCCGCUCAUAGAUCAGGACCCUAUUGCUGAUGGAAGCUUAAGAUGCUAAGAGUUUGAUUCCCUUGCGUUCUGGGGAGAUCAAAACAGCAGACGAGAUCAAGUGCUGGCUGCAGAAGCUUUCCAAGCCGGGCCCCAGUUCACCAGGGCCCUGCGUCACGAGUCUUCAUUGACACCAGUGCAAAGUGGGCACGAAUCACAGGUGUAAAUGAUGACAUGUGGUGUGGAUUUAGCAGAGAAGCAGGCUUGAAUGCUACAAGGUGAAAGGAAACAGCUGGGUUCAUACCGGUCCCGGCACAAUUUGCUUCCCAACAUAUUUGCCCUGCCUGUCUCCUUGAGAAUGAGUGCUUACAAAAGACAACCCCUAAUCCACAGCUUCAUUUAUAUAUGAAAUUCCUAUGGCCUUCAAAGGAAGCUAAUAGGCUGUUAUAUAUUGUAGCAAAUCCACGAUCACAUUGGCUCUUCCUGUAGGGUGACCAGAUGUCCCGAUUUUAUAGGGACAGUCCCGAUUUUGGGGUCUUUUUUUUAUAUAGGCUCCUAUUACCCCCCUCCCCUCACCCACCCACUGUCCCGAUUUUUCACAUUUGCUGUCUGGUCUUCCUAGCUGUUGCUGCACGGCACACAGUGGCCAUUUAGAACUUCGCGGCGACAGUAGGGAUAGAACAUGGAUCUUUCUAAUCCAAAUGCCCAACCCCCUGGGCUAAAGGAGAAUCUCCAUUAGCUGCGGGCAGUAUAGGACCUAUGACACACAGUGAAGAUAGAAUUCUGUUUCUAUCUCGUAGAGUGCGAUGGUGCACAUAUAUAUUAGCUGGGUCAGUGCAAUAUGUUGCACAGGAUACUGCAACCCUUAAAACAAUACAGAGAGGAGGGUGGAGGAAGGGAAUGAAGUGCCCUGACCAAGAAAAUUAUUGAGCACUUGGAAACAGGGGACAGAUGCAAUGGCAGGGGAGAAAUUGUCUGGAUAUCCCCCUCCCCCAUUCCCUAGUCGAACCCUCUCUGCAAGGUUCUUAGCAUAAACUGAAAUCACAGUUUCCCUCAUUAUCUAACCCCCCAGAGAGCUACUGCAGAGAAGGGCAAAUGCUUCCCUCUGCACCUACGCCAGGGCUGAUUUUCGAGGUGUUAGCAGCCUCCUAGGUUGCAGUCUUCCAGCCCAAGAAGGACCCGGAUCUGGAUACUCAUAUACUUUAGGGAAAAGUCCAGCUCCAGGUCCAAACUUUGCAGCUGCCUCCUGUCUCUACAAUGGGUUGAAUCAGAACCCGGAAUCCAAAUGCCUCCUGGAUUUGGGGAGAAAUUUGGAUCUGGCUCCAGGUCCAAACUUUGCCCCCUCUCUCUACAAGCGGCUUGAUCCAAAUGCCAGGUAUACUUUGGGAGAAGUCCAGAUCCGGAUCCCCACUUGGCCCUAUCUCUUCUGCAGUGUGGAGUGAUUCACCUUUCACUGCCAAGGCCUGAGUUGCAGCUACUGCUCCAAGUCCCCCUGUUUUCCAGUGGAAAGCACCUGCAUGGCACCUGCUAGUCUCUCUCCAGGGGGAAACAAUUAAACUAAAAUAGCUUGCUGCCCCUUUGUGUUUCUUGGUGGAAUUGCAGGGGCUCCCAUCCUUGCAUGUCCUGUCUGGUCCGGUCGCUGCCGUCGCUUCGCCUCCUCUGUGGGUUGCAGCCAAUCCAGCUCUCCACGCAAGAUCCUGUUCCCCGUUGAAGCCAGCAGCAAAAGUCCCUGGUGCUCAGAUACAACAGGGAUGAGGAACGCGUUAGCACUGAGAGAGACGAAGUCUCUGUCGGUUUCAGUGACGCAGGAUAGGGGCCCUAAGGGAGACCCAUCAGAGGGCAAGGGCUGGGUUUUCCCUAGGUGGGCUUGGGUGAUGCGGGAUUGUUUGUCUCCAUCCACACAGCUCCCCUUGCUAUGUACUUGUUCUCGAGCCUCGAAAUCCCAGCUCCACCUGUGACCAGCGCACUCCUCCCUCCUUCCAUUCCUUUGAUUUCAUUGUAAAUAAAAUUUUGUAUUUUCUCUGGACAUUGCUAAUAAAUUGUUGCAAAACUGG